CAAUAGAGAGCGCGAUAUGUAAAUGAGCUCGUGUAAAGCAGGAAGUGCGGUUGCACCUAUGUCUGUCCAUAGAUGAGCACUCAGCACUGCAGCCGAGGAGGGAAGAAAAUGCUAGAAAGGACCACGGAUAAUGCAACGCUAAAUAAACACACUGUGUCCUAAUGACAGAGCACAAAUCUACAUUUGACCGAUACAGGAAAACGGAGCUGUUUGUGAUCGAUACGAGAGAAAUUGACCUGAUCACUGUGACGCACAGUCCACACCCAUAAUAUCAGACAAUACAAGAUCGCAUUCCAAGACCCAUUUAACUUACAAACACAAAUAUGAGCACUCACGAUUCUGAGGUGUACACGGUGGCGCCGGAGAUGCCGGCGAUGUUUGAUGGCAUGAAGUUGGCGGCGGUGGCCACAGUUCUCUAUGUCAUCGUCCGGUGUCUAAACUUGAAAAGUCCCACAGCUCCACCAGACCUCACUUACCAGGAUACAACACUCAACCACUUCCUGCUCAAGUCCUGUCCUAUUCUGACCAAAGAGUACAUUCCUCCUCUACUAUGGGGUAAAAGUGGUCAUCUGCAGACGGCCCUCUAUGGAAAGUUGGGUCGGGUCAGUUCACCGCACCCAUUCGGCCUGCGCAAGUAUCUGCCCAUGCAGGAUGGAGCCACGGCAACUUUUGACCUCUUUGAACCUCUGGCUGAUCAUCAGUCCGGAGAGGACGUCACCAUGGUCAUCUGUCCUGGCAUUGGGAACCACAGUGAAAAGCACUAUAUCCGCACGUUUGUGGACCAUUCACAGAAACAGGGCUACCGCUGUGCUGUGCUCAAUCACCUCGGGGCCUUGCCGAACAUUGAGCUUACCUCUCCUCGCAUGUUCACCUAUGGUUGUACAUGGGAGUUUGCAGCAAUGGUGGGUUUCAUCAAAAAGACAUACCCCCAGAGCAAACUUAUUGUCGUAGGCUUCAGUCUGGGGGGAAAUAUCGUGUGCAAGUUCCUCGGAGAGAACCGAACCAACCAGGAGCGGGUUCUGUGCUGUGUGAGCGUGUGCCAGGGCUACAGUGCACUAAGGGCUCAAGAGACAUUUCUGCAGUGGGACCAGUGCCGUCGUUUCUAUAACUUCCUGAUGGCCGACAACAUGAAGAAGAUCAUUUUGUCCCACAGGGGCGCGUUAUUCGGAGGGGGCUCCACUAAAAUGGUGGAUGCGGAUCUGAGCCGGCUCUACACUGCCACAUCUCUCAUGCAGAUCGAUGACAACAUCAUGAGAAAAUUCCAUGGGCACAACUCUCUGAAGGAGUACUACGAGAAGGAGAGCUGUGUUCAUUACAUUCAUAAUAUAAAUGUGCCUCUGCUGCUGGUGAACUCCGGUGACGAUCCGCUUGUGCACAACUCACUGCUCACCAUUCCUCGCACACUCGCAGAAAAGAAAGAAAACGUGAUCUUCGCUCUGACGCUGCACGGUGGACACCUGGGUUUCUUCGAGGGCGCUGUGCUGUUCCCUCAGCCCCUCACCUGGAUGGACAAGGUCAUUGUGGGCUACGCAAAUGCCAUCUGCCAGUGGGAGAAACAGAAACCACCGUGCCAAAGUCAAGGCGCCCAUUCCAUCGAAACCAAAUGCCAAGACAGUAAAUCCUAACCGAGCCCAUCUCCGUUUCACCUCCACGCGACAUUUCCACCACGCACACAAGGGGUCGGACCACCAUCUUCAAGCGUUCACUGUCAGUGGGAAUAUUUGUUUCUCUUUUUAUCAUGGUUUUCAACAUGAAUCGUAAUGACUUUCCACGGGAGAAAACAAUGCCACUCGAUGACCAAAAAAACUAUCAAAUCACCUGUGUGUAGCGAGGGCAACUUUUCACAUUUACUGUAGUUUGUAGUUAUUUCAGUACAACCAGUAUCUCUUGCUCUCUAAUUAGGACACUGAAAACUGAAAGUUUAUCACUGCUAAACAGGAUCUAGCAGAGCUGGGUGAAUCUCACAAAAAUCAAAGUCAAAAUGUAUUUUUGGAUGAUAUUAAAAGAUAAUAUUUUGCAUACAUUAAACAAAGCGUACUUUUGAGACAAUUAAAAUAUUCAGCAUUUUAAUUCAAAUAUAAGCACUUUUCUUUUCCCCUUUUUUGGUUUUGGUUUUAUUUUAGGCCAUUUUCUGUAAACUUCAGUUAUUUUGGGGGGAUAUUUUCCUUUAUUUCAGUGGUGAGCCUCAUGCUUUUACUGUGUUGCACUAACAAAAUGCUGUAAUACAAUAAAUCAACAUUAAUGAAAGGCAGUGCAACAAAAAAUACCUUUAUUAUAAAUAAACAAUAAUAAAUAAUUUUCACAUUAUUUUAAGAUAAUGAGAAUUGCAUGAUUUUCUCAAUGCACAAAUGUAAUAAGCUUAAUUUUUCAACUAAAAUAAAUCCCUUCUUUCAUUGGUUUUUGGAUUGAAAUAUGAUCUAGACAUGUUCUUGACCGGUUUUUGUGAGAUUCACCCAGUUGGCUUAUUAAAACGACACACGAACCUUACUGUACAUAACACAUGAGUUUAUGGAAAGUGAAUGUUAUGCAGGCACUAUGUGCUUAUUGAUAUGACUGGUGCGCUGUUUGAGUGAAUAUUGUCAUUUGAUAUUUGAGUUUUCCGGUCUGGUAACCGUUUAAGCACAGACUAGAAUUCAUGUCACUCCUAUUUUAAAACUAGCUAGACCUUGUCAAGUAUACCAUAGUGUGACACUUCAUUAUUCAUGAAGCCUUGUCGGUUGAAUCUAAGUCACAUUCCUAGUCGAUGCAUUUUUGUUUAGCACUUUUAUAUGACAUUUUCCUGUACGAUCUGAGACUAGCCGACAACGUUAAAUCUAGAAAUGAGAAAGGACAAGAGGGAGAGAGGAAGCCUUGAAUGAACUCCAUGAUCCCUCGUGAUUACCAAAACAUCCCACAAGCACUACGACCCAGUUUAAGAUGACAAAUCCCAUUCCGCUGAAGAGCAGCACAAGCUGUUGCUGCAGUAUUGACUGGUGUUUGUGGAAAACCAUUGAAGUUGGUAGAUCUCUAGAUUGUGUAACGUGUUAUUUUGGGAUCCAGUGGGAGACAUUUCACUUCAUGGUGCACGUCUGUGAAAAUUGGUUACUUAAAGGGAUUUGUGCUGUAGUAUCCUUUAAGGUUUUUUUCUUUAUGUUGUUCAUUUUCAUUUUGCUGUUUUGUGCAAUUACUUGAUGCAUUUAUGUUUCUUUACUGUCAGAAUCAAGACUUGUCUGAAAUGGCACUGAUCUUGUUACCCAUUAAAAGAAUCUAAUGCAGAGGGGAAAAUAUAUCAGUUUAAAUUUGAAGGGAACAAAGGCUUGUGUGGACUCAAAAAACAAAACUUUAACGCGGCACUUUAGUGCAGUUAGACUUGCUUUGUUUCAGGGAAGCUGUCAUACAUAUAAAUCUCACAAAAUGGCUAGGUAAUAUUUCACCAAAAAAAAAGUAAUUUGUUCUUUUUUUUGUACAUUUUGACAUUGUUUUCAUGACAAUUUAGGCAUGGUUUUCUUCCCACUUUACUUUAUAUUUCUCAGUAAAUCUCCAAAAGUUAUAUACAAAUAAUCUUCAUCAUAAUAAUUCAUGUUUUUUUUUUUUUUUUUUUUUUUUUUUUUUAUGAAAUAUUAUUCUGCCACGUCUGGACAUGUUUUGAGAUUCUGUAAUCUUUUUAUUAAUUUAUUAUCAUGCUGCAGCUGUGGAAGAAAAUGUAUUAUUUGCAUUUCCAAGGGAAAAAAACUGAACAAGCCACUCGAUGACCAAAAAAAAAUAAAAAAUAAAAAAUAAUAAAAAUCCCUAUAAUCCCUUUUUUUUUUUACCGGUUAUCAGUUUGAAAGAUGCCCCCUGUGGGAUAUGAGGUGUAAAAGCACUGAGGUAAAUGUUAACUUUCACACUCAACUGGAAGAGUUUAUAAAAUCCCAUUCAGAGAUUUAGUAUUUGUUGGUUGCUAGAAAGAGAGUUUACCUCCCCUCUGUUAGGUUUUGUUCUGUGUUGUAAGUCUCUGUAUUUAGUGAAACUAUUCUUGUCUUAUUUCUUGAAUCUUUGGAAAACGGUGUUGUAAACGUGAGUCUGAAAGCUCCCGGCUGGGUUUCAGUGUUUGGCUGUUUCCGGCGAUUGAAUCUAUUUGGCCUUUUGCUGUAAAUCAAUCCAGUUUGCCUUUCAGAAUGUCUCCCACUUACUUUUUGCACAGAAAACACGGGCUUAUGUUGUACAUCUUCUACAAACAUUAACCAAAAUGUAGUUUGUUUUUGUGUUUUACAUUAAUUUCAAUGUUAUUUUUGUUCUCUUAUGUACAAAAGUAUGAUUGUAAAUGGGUGUAUGUGAAUGUUUGCAUCAUAUCACACUUCUGAAAACUACCAACAAACUUGCUUUGGCAGGUAAAAAGAUAAAUGUGUUUAGUUGUUAUAUAAUGAUGGUUUAUGGAAACUUUCAUGUGUUUGACGAUCAGCAAUAACGCUUUGAAUUUUUUUCUCUUUUUCUCCACGCCAAACUGAGACGAAUAGCUCACAGAAAAUAUUGUGUCAAAUGGAAUUUAGAGAAAAUGUAUUCAUGCUGCAGUCACAAAUAGGAAUUAUAAAAGGAAAGGGAAAGGCUAUAUGUAUUAAUAAAAUGCAGAAUAUAGAGUAGAAUAAUCACAAAGCUUUGAGACUGACCCUGCCCAAUUGUCACUGUAAUCUCACUUUAGGGAUUAUUCACUGAAGAUCAUCGAAUCUGUUCCUGCUAUUCAGACCCACAUCCUCAUCACGGUUUAUUGUGUUUGGUGGCUGGUUUUUGAAUGUGUCAUUUUUCAUGACCUCAAAACCCCAUGCAGCAUAAUAUCGCAAUCACUGCUGUGUUUUUGUUUUGGAAAACCAAUGGUGUGUGAUCGAAAAAUGUAUUAUUACAAGAAUGGUUAUUGUGUUCCAGAAAUAAAUUAUUUUCUUGUUUAAAAAAAUAAA